AUGGUGAAUCAGCGGGGUCAGAUGAAGAAGCUGACAAAGGUCAGGACCAGACGGCCGACAAAUGACGAAGAAGAUGCAGGAUCCAAAGAAAUAGAAGAUAAUGCAGCCAACAAAGCGCUAGUCAACAAAGCACCGACAGCGGCAAUGGGAUCUCUUUUGGAUGGUUAUGGUGUUAGUGAUGAUGAGAAGGCGGCAUAUCAAGCUCGGCGGCGAGCGGAAAAGUGGACACAAAAGGUCGAUGCAGGGAAUGUGAACUCGACUUUUCGGAGCCCCAGAAUGAAAUCACGGAACUAUCAAAAGUUGAUUGCAGUAAAGAGGACUGGAAGAAACUAA